AGCUGGGAAUGAGGGGCAGCGCUCGGAGGGGCUCUGCGCCUUCAGGCUGCUCGUGGUGGAGGUGAUGAUGAGGUCAGCUGUGCUCGGCGCGGUCCUGCUGGCAGCGGCCACGUCCUAUUACAUCUACCUGCCGCUGCCCAGCGCUGUGGCCGAGCCGUGGAAGCUCAUGCUGCUGGACGCGGUGUUCAGGGCGAUGAUGCAUGUGUGUAAUUUGGCCCAGGAUCUCGGUCUGGCUCACAACACCCGUGUCCUGAACUACAUGGUGACACUUGUCGAGGUUCGGGGGCCGCAGUCCAGCGAGUCCGUGCGGGUGACUGAUACUUCCUUUGAGGGGGUGCAGGCCCGGGUGUUUGAGUCCACUUUACCCGGCCCGAGACGCCUGAAACGAGGGGUGGUCUAUUUCCACGGAGGAGGGUGGGCCCUGGGAAGUGGACGAAUGCGAUCCUAUGACCUCUUGUGCAGGAGGAUGGCUGAGGAUUUGGAUGCAGUCAUUAUAUCUGUGGAUUACAGACUUGCCCCUGAAGUUCAUUUCCCGGAGCCGUAUAAUGAUGCUCUGCGGGCCUGCAGGCACAUCCUGACAGCGGAGGUGCUGGCGCUGUUCUCUGUGGACCCGGAGAGGGUGGCUGUGUCGGGUGACAGCGCCGGAGGGAACCUGGCUGCUGCUGUGGCUCAACAGCUGGCCUUGGACAACAGCGUCUCUACCAAGUUCAAGGUACAGGCCCUUAUCUACCCUGUGCUCCAGGCCCUGGACUUCAACACACCUUCUUACCAGCAGAAUGGCAACGUACCCAUCCUCUACCGCCCCCUCAUGGCCCGCUUUUGGCUCGAGUACCUGAAUGGGGACCUGAAGCUUGUUCCUUCCCUGCUGGCUAACAACCACACAGCCGUGAAUCAGGGCCAGGAAGCAGUGGUGGCAGCUAAGGCUAAGAUGAACUGGACCAACCUCUUAGCACCUGCCUUCCAGAAGCACUAUAAGCCGGUGGCUCCUUGUCUUGGCACCCCUGGGCUCCUAGAACAGCUGCCUGGCCUGCUGGACGUUCGGGCAGCUCCUUUGUUGGCCGAGAGAGAGGUUCUAAAGCUGGUCCCGCCAGCCUACAUCAUGACCUGUGAGCAUGACGUACUGCGGGACGACGGCCUCAUGUACGCACGCCGCCUGGAGGAGGCCGGAGUGGCCGUCACCAGUGAUCAUUAUGCAGAGGGUUUCCACGGUUGCAUGGUCUUUGGCUUCUGGCCUGCACGUUUCACAGUGGGGAUGCAGAGUAUGAGGAACUACAUCCACUGGUUACAGCAGAACCUCUAAGCUCCUGUAGAACCUGCAGGCUCUAGAAGAACCUGUAGUGUACUGUGCAACCUGUGAGUGUCCAUAAAACCCACAGGCUCCUUUAGAACCUGUGGGCUCUAGUGGAACCUGUAGGCUCCUGUAGAAUCUGCAGGCUCCUGAGGAACCUGUAGGCUCCUGCAGAGCCUUCAGGUUUCUGUAGAACAUGAAGGCUCCUGUAGAAUCUGCAGGUCACCAGUAAAGCAAUGGUUACCAAAACUAGUCCUUGGGACCUGGAGAACCACUGUCCUGUCCAGUGUUUUCCCUGCUCUGAUGCGACAUUCAUGAUAACUGGGAAUUUGGAAGUGUCAUAUUUAAAGCUUCCCACUUUAUAUUUAAUUCGAUUGUGAGUUACUACUCCUGUCCCAGCCUACAGUUUGCUGGCUAGCUAUACCUUGAUCCCGCAAAUGCAGCUUUCCUAGGAUGCCAUAGUUUGCAGGACAGCUGGUCCUCUGCUACAGAACUCGCUCGCUUUAGGUAAGCUACAGCACUACUUUGUCGGACAGUCUACCUUCCUGGAGACCCUUUGGGCUGUGCUCAAACUAGGUCAGUUCUCUAUGGCUACAUUUUACUGGGAAAUGGAGGACCUUGCAUAGAGUCCGCAACUGUACUAGCCUCAUUAACCUUGGCUAAGCUAAGGGUGCUAUCAGCCAGCUGGCCGACCCUAGCCCCUUUGUGCUACAUGAGCUAGUUCAGUGGCCCAGUGGCUACAUUUCACACCAUGAGCCCUGGCUGCCGUUAUGGCUUUCAGCUAUGCAGUACUUGAGUAGCCAAGCCCAUCUGACUCAAACACCAUGUGAGGUGAGCAUGUUUUGUGUCCAGGCAAUAGGUUAGCCAGAAUAUCCGUUUAUGGAACAGGGCUAACAGGCUACAGGUUAAUACUUCUGCAUUAUCUUAAGCCUGGCAUAAAAUGAAGAAAUAAAGGCCUCUAGAGGCUCAAAUAAAACUGCUAGCAUCCUUUUUUGAGGUCGUAGUAAUAAUUUUCAUGAAGUUGAAUCGUAAUUUUAUAUACUUGGCAAUUUUUUUAAUGAUUUAAAUUAGUCUGGGUGGUUAAUAGCAUGUUUUUUCUGUGAUGUAGUAAAUUCAGAAUACAUGUAUUACUGAUUUACACAGACUUUAAAGCAUAUCAUAUACAAAUAGAAACCUGAGAAACUGAUAAAAAGCUUAAAACUAUCUUGUUCGUAUUGUGCUGUACUGAGCGCCACCAACUCAGAGACGUUGGAACUCUUCUGAAGUUCCCACUUACAGAGCGGAAAUUACUAGUUAAGUAGUAGUUUAGUGGAUUUUUCAUACUUUUACAGCUUCCCAGUUCCGUCUUAGUCAUGAAGGCAUCAGAACACAUCCACUUCAUCUCAGCAGGGGCUUGCUAACUAGCUAAUUAGUUGCAGCAGGUCUGCUGGGAAAAGGAAAAGUGGGCACUCCAGGACUGGUGUUGGUAACCACUGCAGUAGAGCAUUUGCGUGACUGCUCCAAUGGUCAUGCAACAGGUAAAAUCUACAAAAUAUUUUAUUAGCUGAGUCUGAAAUGCUUGUAAUACCUCUUUAGGAUACAGCAAUGCAACAUGACAAUGCAAAAUCGUGAGCUCCGACAAUGCUUAGAGAGUUCUUACUGUAGUUAAACAUGCACUGGCAGGACUGGUGCCACUAAAGCUCUACCAUAGAACACGUGCCGGACUGCAUUCCUGGAGGGCGGCAGCACCGCAGGGUUUAGCGUUUGCCCUGCUUUAAGACUUGAAAGGAAUAUUCCUGUUUUUCAGCCUGAUCUCUGUCUGGUGCAUCUGUUUCAAUUACCACAGACAAUAUUUUCAAUUUCAAUUCCUUACAAAAGAAGCCAAAUGAAUCUGCGAGUAAAUGUAAAUUCAUGACUAAGCAACACAAAAUCGAAACUUCAACCAUCAUAUCAGCAGUGAGACACCCAAGCUGUUAUAUAGGUGUGUCCAGCUUUCAUUUCACAUGUAAAAACAGCCCUGAUUACUUUCUCUCGCUUAUUUGGUAUUUAUGCACAACAGGAAGGAGCAUCCACACCACUACACUGGUCACAACUAGUCACGACCUCAACUAGUCUUGUCUCUGAUAGCUACUCAUGCAGAUUUAUAGUAAGCAGAAUUUCUGGUCUUUUUUCAGUUCAGGGAAAUGUCAGAAUUAUUAUCUGUGCACUGCAGAUGGACAUGAGGCUGAAAAUGACUGGAGUGUCCCAGUAAAUUCAUCGUAUUAUUCAGUCACUAAUCCUGAGGCUUAUUGUUCAGUAACUGCUGUGAAUUAACAUAAUCUGUGUAGUUAGUGACCCAUCAGCAGUGGAAAAUGGAAAUGGAAAUGAGUGACUGCUGAUGGGUCAUUAAGGGUUUAAGGGGUUAACACACCUAAAUCAUCUCAGCAGCUCACUGUCAGGCCUUGAUGAGUUAAUCAGGUGAAAAGUGCUGUGGCUCUGGGGAAUGCAGUCUGACAGACUGGUACACAGAAAGCUUUAAAAUUGUAUAACUCUAUGAAACACAUCAUAUAUAAUAUAUUUUAUUGUGGUCUAUACUUUAUGUAUAAUCUUUAGUUAAAUUUUAAUUGUAACUAUUCCAGAGAUUUUUAUGACUCCCAAAAUAUGAGAAUAUUUUAUACUAUAUGUGUAUGCUGACUUGUACAGGGCUAAAACACUGUUGUUUAUUGAGUCUGAUAUACUUGAAAAACACUGCAUAAAGAAGGUUAAAGGGGAAUUCUGCAGAUUUUUCAACACUUCUGCAUAAUUCAGUGGUUGAAAUGUAAACAAAGUCAUUGAGAAUGGUUUGAUGUGGAGAAAUGUACUGAUGUAUGUCUUUACAAUGUUAGUGACAAAAAACCAGACAUUAUAAUGUCCACAACACAAACAUAACCAUGUUAUUUUCUAUCCAACAAAAGGUUUUGCACAGGUACUCAAGUAAUCGUUUGAGGUGCCAGCAGGAAGAUGGGGAAAAUAUACAGAUCACUAGCCACGUUUACAUGCAGCCUGUUAAUCCAUGAAUUGUCCAACUAAUAGCUCAAUUGGAAUAGAGUAUGUUCAUAUAAACACCUCAUUUGGAAUAGUCUAAUUGGAUUGAAGCCAUUCAGGAAUACAAUUUCUACCCGAUUGAACAAGGUGGGUAAGGCCGUAAAUAAUCUGUUAAAUAGAAGAAUAAUAUCUGUGUAAACACCUGUAUCCGAUUACAUUCCCUAUCUGAAAGUUUAGUCUGUUCUGCAUGUGCGUCGCAUCAUAGUGCCAUUUAUAACGUUCAACAAGGCGGAGCAGAAACUGGUCUGCAGAGGAAAGAAAGUUUAUGCUCUGAUCUUUAAAAAUACGGCGGUGGGACGGACGUCCAGUUUAUGUGUCUCAGAGCACGACG